AUGAAGCUAAACAAUGUACACACCUUGUGCAUUUUUAAGUAUGUAUUUUUUAACACGGACACGUUUGCUGUCGACCCCAGCAGCCCAAUCCUGGGCAGCCCAAACAGCCCAAUCCUGGGCAGACCCCAGCAGCCCAAUCCUGGGCAGCCCAAACAGCCCAAUCCUGGGCAGCCCAAACAGCCCAAUCCUGGGCAGACCCCAGCAGCCCAAUCCUGGGCUGCCCAAACAGCCCAAUCCUGGGCAGCCCAAACAGCCCAAUCCUGGGCAGACCCCAGCAGCCCAAUCCUGGGCAGCCCAAACAGCACAAUCCUGGGCAGCCCAAUCCUGGGCAGCCCACAGCCCAAACAGCCCAAUCCUGGGCAGCCCAAACAGCCCAAUCCUGGGCAGCCCAAUCCAGAGCAGACCCCAGCAGCCCAAUCCUGGGCAGACCCAACUGCCUAAUCCUGGGCAGCUCCAGCAGCCCAAUCUAAGGCGGCCCCAGCAGCCUUGUCCAGGGCAGCCCCCAGCUGCCCAUUCCUGGGCAGCCCUCAACAGCCCAAUCUUAGGCGGCCCCAGCCCAAUCCUGGUCAGCCAAAACCUCCCAAUCCUGGGCAGCCCAAUCUUUGGCAGCCCCAAAAGCCUUGUCCAGGGCAGCCCCC